CACAUGAACACAACACCCCCAUUAUUUCUCACCUCAAUUUACAAAACUAAAUUCUCACCUCAACAAAUACAAACCACAUAUAUUAUACACACGCCGCCUUCGACUACAUUAAUCCAGUAACCUUAAACUGGGUUUAGUCGUUGGCGGUGUUGUUGAGAGAAUAUGGGGAUGUCGUCGGACGACGUCGUUUUGAUCGAAGAAGGGAAGAACUCCGGUGAACCAUCUGUUGUGACGGUUAACUGUCCCGAUAAGGCUGGGCUCGGCUGUGACCUUGUACGGAAUGUGCUUGAAUUCGGACUCUAUGUUACCCGUGGAGAUUUCUCUACAGACGGAAAAUGGUGUUACAUUGUGUUGUGGGUUGUUUCGCGUCCACUCUCGCUGAAAAUCGAUUGGGGGAGCUUGAAAAACAGGCUUUUAUCGUGCUGUCCAUCGUUUUUGCCUGCAUUUUAUCUGAGCCAGUUACCCGAUCGUUCUAGAUCGCCUCCGUUGUAUGUGUUAAAGGUCUUCUCCCUCGACCGCCAAGGGCUAGUACAUGAUGUCACGAAAGUGCUGUGUGAGCUCGAGUUAACAAUUCAAGGUUUAAAAGUCAUGACUACGCCAGACGGAAAGGUGUUAGACCUCUUCUUUAUAACCGAUCAUUUGGACAUGUUACACACGCGUAUCAGACGAGAAGAAACAUGUGAGCAUCUUAGUGGUGUGUUAGGAGAGUGUUGCAUCAGCUGUGAACUUCAGUUAGCGGGCCCGGAGUUCAAAUACCAGCAAGGGUUUUCUUCUAUAUCCGAAGAAGUCGCUGAUGAGUUGUUUAGCUGUGAGCUUUCCGCAAAGGAAGAUUGUUCACAAACUAUCAACAAAGCCGUUUCAGGUGAUAAGAAGGCGGUAAUAAACGUGGAUAAUUUAAUGAGCCCGGCUCAUACGUUACUUCAAAUACAAUGCCUUGAUCAAAAAGCUCUCAUAUAUGAUAUUUUAAAGAUCUCCAAGGACUGCAAUAUCCGGAUUGCAUAUGGAAGAAUCUCUACUAGCGUUAAAGGGUACCGGAGUUUGGAUUUGUUUAUACAAACAGACGACGGGAAAAAGAUUCUAGAUAUUGAGAACCAGGUUGCUUUAUGUUCCCGGCUAAAGGAGGAGAUGCUACAUCCGUUGAGAGUCAUCAUCACAAACCGCGGUCCUGAUACCGAACUUUUGGUUGCUAAUCCUGUUGAGCUUUCCGGGAAGGGGAGGCCACGUGUUUUUUACGAUGUCACAUUUGCGUUGAAGACACUCGGGAUAUGCAUAUUCUUUGCCGAGGUUGGAAGACACUCGACAUCAGAUCGUGAGUGGGAAGUGUACAAGUUCCGGUUGGAUGAGACCCGUGGAUUUCCAUUGACCAGCAACCGAGCCAAGCGGGAUAUAGUUGAUAAAGUCAGAAGAACACUUAUGGGCUGGUGAAUCAAACCGCAAGCGUCAAUUACCUGAUUUACAUUUUGUCCACAAGAUUUCAACUUGGAAAUUAUCUUGGUUAUCGACUCUCUCGUUCUUGCUCUUGUUUGAUCAUCUGAUUUUUGCAUAUGCAGUGUGGAUUAUUGUUGUGUAACUGUGAUUAAUAUAUAGUUUUUUAGUGUUUAGUUCUUUUA